UUGACUGGCAAGGCUGUCAGAGCAGCUUCUCCCCGCCCAGGUCUGGCGAACGGCCCCGCAGCACGCUGCGGGGGUCUCGGUUUCCGGCGCUGCAGGUCGCGCACGCGUACUGCAGUGGGUCGCCAUCGCUGCUUGGUGUUCGAGACUGCGGGAGCCCGCGGGGCAACGCUGCGCAGCAGGUCCCCAUACCUCUUCCGUGGUCACAGCGCGACAGGUGGAGGAGGAGACAGGUCUCACACAGUUGACUGAGGGCUGCUGGGCCACCCUAAAAGAAGCAGAGAGUUCUGUGUUCAGAGCCUGGUGAAACAAAAUGUGGAUACGUUGUCUCACUGGAGUUGACAUUACACCCCAUAUCAAAAGAUGCUCCAGGAGAAUCAAAGGAAGAAGGUCCUGGUAUUGCUGACCUCUCUUGGGUACCUUGUUAUCCUAACCAUCUCUGCUGAGUUCUUGGCCAGACACAGUUGCAUUUUUGUGGAGGCCUGGGAAGAUGUUGCCUUUGGAGAGGGCACUGGCCUCCCCAAAAAGCUCCCCAACCCACCCAGAACCACCUACUGUGCGGCCAGAAGAUAGAUCCCAACAGGAAGUGCCCAGUCAGCAGGAGGAACCCAACCAGGGGGAAGUAGUCAUUAAGCAACAAGAACCUAGCCAGCAGGAGGAACCCAGGAGGCAGGAUGAACCCAUCCAGGAAGAAGAACCCAUCCAGUUGCUGGAACCUAGUCAGAGGGAUGAGCCCAACCAGGGAGAAGAAUCCAGUCAGCAGGAUAAUCCUCUCAACCAGAGGGAAGAACUCAGUGAGCAACAAGAACCCAGUCAGCGGGAUGAUCCUAGUCAGGAGGAAGAACCCAGCCAGUGGGAAGAACCUGGCCAGAAGGAUGUACCUAUGCAGCAAGAAGAACCUAUGCAGCAGGAUGAGCCUCACCAGUGGGAAGAACCCAUGCAGCAAGAUGAACCCAUGCAACAGGAGGAGCCCAUGCAGCAGGAGGAGCCCAUGCAGCAGGAGGAGCCCAUGCAGCAGGACAAAACCAUCCAACAAGAGCCAGUUGAGCAGGAUAAGUCCACCCCACAGGAAGAACUCAUCCAGCAGGAGGAACUCAUCCAACAGGAAGAACUCAUCGAGCAAAAGCCAAUUCAGCAGGAUAAACCUAUCCAGCAGGAGGAAUUUAUUCAGCAGGAAGAACUCAUCCAACAGGAAGAACUCAUCCAGCAGGAGGAAUUCAUUCAGCAGGAUAAGUCUGUCCAACAGGAAGAACUCAUCCAGCAGGAGGAGCCUAUCCAACAGGAAGCAUUCAUUCAGUACGAAGAGCCCAUUCAAGAUGCUUCCAUCCAACAGGAACUGAUCCAGCAGGAGGAGUCCAUUCAGCAAGAACUGAUCGAGCAGGAGGAGUCCAUUCAGCAGGAUAAGUCCAUCCAAAAGGAAGAAUUCUUUCAGCAAGAGGAGCCCAUUCAACAGGAUGCUUCCAUCCAACAGGAACUCAUCCAGCAGGAGGAGUCCACCCAGCAGGAUAAGCCCAUCCAAAAGGAAAAAUUCAUUCAGAUAGAGAAGCCUAUCCAGCAGGUAGGGUUCAGCAAACAGGAGGAACCCAGCCAACAGAAAGAGCCUGGCCAGAAGGAUCAAUCCAACCAACAGGAAGAACUCAGCCAACAGAAAGAACCCAGCCAACAGAAAGAACCUAGCCAACAGGAAGAACUUAGCCAACAGGAAGAACUCAGCCAACAGGAAGAACCCAGCCAACAGAAAGAACUCAGCCAACAGGAAGAACCUAGCCAACAGGAAGAACCCAGGCAACAGGAAGAACCCAGCCAACAGGAAGAACCCAGCCAACAGAAAGAACCCAGCCAACAGGAAGAACCUAGCCAACAGAAAGAACCCAGGCAACAGAAAGAACCCAGGCAACAGAAAGAACUCAGCCAACAGAAAGAACCCAGGCAACAGAAAGAACUCAGCCAACAGGAAGAAUCCAUCCAAAAGAAAGAACCUAGCCAACAGGAAGAACCUCACCAGCUGGAAGAACCCAGGCAACAGGAAGAACCCAGGCAACAGGAAGAACCCAGCCAACAGGAAGAACCCAGCCAACAGAAAGAACCCAGGCAACAGGAAGAACCCAGCCAACAGAAAGAACCCAGGCAACAGGAAGAACCCAGCCAACAGGAAGAACCUAACCAGCUGGAAGAACCCAUGCAACAGGAAGAGCCUAACCAGCUGGAAGAACCCAUGCAACAGGAAGAGCCUAGCCAAAAGGAUCAACCUAACCAAUGGGAGGAAUCCAGUCAACAGGAAAAGCCUACCCAGCAAAAGGAAACAGAAACCAGCACUGAAAGAUCUGCUGCUGACCUUGAGUCUUCCCGCCUGCGCUUUCGGGAGUUUGUCUACCAGGAGGAAGCUGGACCUCACCAGACUCUGGCCCAGCUUCAUGAGCUAUGCCGCCAGUGGCUGCGGCCUGAGGCCUGCUCCAAAGAGCAGAUCCUGGAGCUGCUGGUUCUGGAGCAGUUUCUGGGCAUCUUGCCAGACAGGGUUCGUCCCUGGGUGGUAGCCCAGUAUCCUGAGAACUGCGAGAAGGCUGCCUCCCUGGUGGAGGGUCUCUCUGACAUCCUGGAGGAGCCAGGAAUGAUGUUGUGUUCCCCGGGUGGGUCAUCAUCUUCAUUCAGCGAGGGAGAUUAUGAGAGGUGUCCUGAGCCCCUGCUGCAACCACGUGGGUUGUUAGGUCCCAGCAGAGACCUAAGACCUAGGGACAUCCUUGUACGCCGUGAUACGUCUCCCCUUCUUCCAGCCUGGCCUACUCUGGAAUCUGUGCAUCUGGACGAAAAACAUUUAGAGGGAGAAAAGAAUGAAGAGGCCAACUCUGUCACAGCUGAGCCAAAGGAGCCUCUACAGUCAGAAUGGGACAACCUGAACCCCACAGAAGAUAAUCUGACCAGUUACAGCAAGCUGCUCCUGUUGGGGUGUCAGGUUUUCCAGGCUGGUCCAUCCUCCACGCCAGAGACAGAACCAGAGGAACCUUGUGUGGCAGAAGAACUACCAGGAGGCAGCCUCCCAGACAGUACGGGGCAGCAGGAAAGCAAAGGAAAUAUGUGUGAGGAAGUCUCCAUGGGGGAGACACUGAUGGAGAGGCUUUCAGGGGAUGUUCCUGUUAGUCCUUCGAUAGACACUGCCCAGGAGGAACAGCAACCUCAGAAAGCUCUGGAUGCUGAGGAUGAGGAUUCAAGUCCUGCCAGUCCCCAGAGGCAAUCAGUCAUCCGGCAGUCAGCCCAGGUCAAGGCUAUGCCACAUAAAGGCACUGGGACAAAGAGGCCUCAUCCAGAUGACGAGGACGAAGAUGACCCUGAGUGUCCUUCCAGCACCAGCAGCUACAAGCCACCAUUUGAUGCAGGGAAGGGGCUCCAUGUGGGUGGCUGUGAUUCUGGGCAGGACCCAGGAACUUCUGCAGCUGAUGAGUUUCAUGCAUCCCAAGGGAAGCCCUAUAUAUGUAGUGAAUGUGGCGAGGCCUUUGCAUGGAUCUUGAACCUUAUGGAGCAUCACAGGAGCCACAACACGGAGACAUGCUGUGUGAGCCAGGACUGCUAGGACCCCUUCCAGUUCAGCUUGGCUGUGGUCAAGCACCGUAAGAGUCACAUACAAAAAAAGAAAAGCCACGCCCGGAGCCCAUCUCUGCCACAAGCAAAGCCAGUGGUGAGAGGAUUGACAACUCCUAGUGUGUGGGUAGUUUUCCCUGUACAACCUGAGGUUUAAGAUGAGCAACUCUGCUGUGAUUAUCCCACGACAUGACAGUUGUAGCAUGAGUGUUCUUAAGGCGCAUGUGUGGUGGUGGCUUCCUGUGGUAUCUAUGGGCACAUCUGUGUUACUUUCUGGAUGCUAAUGUGCUGAAAGCAACUGGAAAUGGGUGUGGCCCACAGGAAGCCCUCAUCUUAGAAACAUACUUUGGGCUAAUGUCCUGUCCUGUAAGCCAUCAGAUGUGAGGGAAAACUCCAUUUCUGCAGUAUUUUAAUACCACACAUACUCUGGUCAUUUGACAAUGUACAAAGUGUUACGUUGCCUUAAAGUAUGUGGUGUUUUCUUGAGCCUUUCUUGCCUCAGUUGCUUCUCCUUGAGCUCCCUGUCUGUUCACACAUCUAUUUGGCCUUUUUGUAAAUAAUGUAAUGUCAGGUUUACUUCUGAAUCCUCAAGAGUAAAAAUUGUUUCUGAGUUCAA